GCGUUGAGCCACUGCAGCGACAGCGAAUGCAUUUUCGUGGGCUGCAGCUCAGCUGCAAUCUCUCUCACUGAGCAGUCAACAAAGCCUUUCAAGUAGACGUAAUCAAAGUUGGCAAUCACAAAUAUAGCUGGAAUCCUGUCUUUGAUAUUGACUGGCUUUGCUCCCCCUGCCUUGUAGCUUUCUUUUGUUCAACGCUCCGACUCGUGGGAGGCUUCAGGACACACGCAAAUGCACAAGUGCAACUGCGUGUACAGCGCUGGUGCUGCACCAGCGCACCUGCCGGGCAAGCAAGUGCGGCUACGUACCGCGGUGAGGGCGGGUGCGCUGUACACGCGCCCGGCACGCCACGGCCGGUCAGUCCUGGAGCGCAAGCUCAACAAGGUGCUCACGAACCAGGGCAAAAUGCAGAAGGACAUCGGCAAAAUGCAGAAGGACAUCGGCAAAAUGCAGAAGGACAUCGGCGAAAUGCAGAAGGACAUCUCGCAGCUGAAGCAGGACACGGCAGUGAACAAGGCGUUGGUCGCUAUCAACCUGACACCGGUGGCGUCACUGGUGCUGGGAGUCUGCGAGAUGUCCUUCUGCAUUUCGCCGAUGCUUCAGCCGCCGCCCGAGACCUUGAAGUUGGUGUACACGAAGUGCUACUUCUGAGGGGUGAUGUGUUGCCAGUUCUGGUGUGUGCAUGUGAUUUGCGACAACCAGAGGAGUGGUACGUGUGGAGAAGGCACAUGUGGAUUGAACUGUCAACUUCAAGCACGUCAAUAACUGUGCGUGGGCCUGGUUAGGUAUGUGGGGGAGGGGGGUUGUCUGCAACCAUCGGCCAUACUGGGCCACGGUAACGCCUCGAAACACGGGCUCGCAGAUCGGCGCUGGGUGACGCGCAUUCCCUAAUC